AUGCAAAUAGUAAUUAAAAUACACAAAGCAUUAAAAAUUAAACGUAUUUGCUUGAAUUAGUUAGUUAUUUAGUCGACCAAGCAACUCUUAACUCUAAAAAAAAAAACUCAAUAAUUAGUAAAAAAAAGUUCUUUAAAAAAAAUAUUAAAUAUUGGCAAAUUUAACUACAAAGUAGUAUUAAGCUUGAACAAUAAAAAGCCAACAAAAAAGUAAUAGUCGUAAAAUAGAUUAGGGUCAAAAGUCGAAUUCCAAGCAUAUUUAAUAGAAGAAUCGUCUAAUUCUAAUAAUAGAACUAUAAAAAUGAGUGAUGAUGAGAGGAAUUCUUAAGUAGAUGCUGAUACAGCAGGAAAUGUGAAUAAAAAUAACGCCAAUGCAGAUAAUAAUAGCAAUCAAGGUGCUAGGCUUGAUGAUGACAAACCAAACAUACUUGAUUAAGAAAAAAUGAGAUUAAACUCAAGUCAAGCUAUUUCUUAAGACAAAAAUGCUGCUCCAGAUGAUAAGAAAUAAAUAAUGAUUUAGAGCCAAAGGAGAGAAUCAAAGAGCAUUCAUUCAUUAGAGAAAAAAGGGACAGCAAAACGUUUAUCUAACUAUUUAGAUCCAAAUCAAAUACUUUAGAAAAGAAAAAUAAACUUAAAGAAAGAGAUUUUUCAUCUUGUCAAUAGCAAAAUAUUUGACUAUUUUAUUAUUCUGAUGGUCAUUUUCUAUACUUUGAUUAUUUUUGUUUACUUUGGUCUUGAUUCAAAAUAAUAUGAUUCAAUUAAAGAAGUCUAGCUCGCUCUUAGCAUUAUUUAGUUCAUAGAAUUAUCUAUCCUUAUUAUAUUUUGCAUAGAAAUUUUCUUAAAAAUAUAUGCUUUGUCUGCCAGUACCUAUUUUAAAGAUAAAUUCAAUAUCUGGGAUGCAGUAUUCAUAUUUUUAUCACUAGUUUUAACUAUUCUUGAUAUUAUCAUUUUAGACUAUACAUUUUCUACAAUUACAAGAAUAGCUAGGAGUAUUUUUAGAUUUGUUCGUCUUUUCCUAGUAUUUAGAAGGGUAAAUGAAAUUUAAUCUAUCUAAUCUCUAAAUUUAGAAGGUUCUAUUAAAACUCCUGUUGAAAGAAUAAUGGAUAUUUUCGAAAUGCUUAAAAACUAUAUUGAAGAUCCUGAGAUGGUAAAGCAGCUAAAAUGGUGCUAGGAAAUGGUUAAUAGCAAUAAAUUAUAUGAACCUAUCCUAGGUGAUGGAGAAGCUGCAAUUUGGGGAAAUAUAUAUGCAACCAAUGGUAAUUAAGGAAAAGCUAAGAAGAAAGGAACUGCAAUUAAGAACAAUGCUUUAUCUCUAGGGAAUACAGCAAGUAUAGCGGAUCCAAACACUCCUAUGGCUUUCAAUUUUAAACCCAUAAUUGUCCCUUAAGAGCAUGUUGAAUAUUUCAAAAAUAUAGAUGAUAUUGGCUUUGAUGUAUUUACAUAUCAUCAAAAAAUAUAAGACAAUAACCUAGCAAACUUAUUGAUACAUCUUUUUAAUAGAUAUGAUGUAUUUUUCAAAGCAAAAAUAGAGCCUCAACAUUUAUUUAAUUGGGCUGUAUUAGUUUCAAAUGGGUAUUAAGAUAACUUUUACCAUAAUAAAAUGCAUGCUUUUGAUGUAACAUAGACUAUGCACUAUUUUAUGUAAUCACUAAAUUUUAUUGGUAUUGCUGAUCUUUCUGGAUUAGAAAUAGGCUUAAUGUAUAUUGCAGCAGCUGCUCAUGACUAUCAACACCCUGGUUUUAAUAAUCCAUACUUGAUUAACACAAGAAAUGAGUUAGCUAUACGUUAUAAUGAUAAAUCACCAUUAGAAAAUCAUCAUGCAUUUUCAACUUUCUUGUUGAUGUAAGAGGAGAAUUGCAACAUUUUUGUACACUUAACAAAAGAUGAAUUCAAAAAAUCAAGAGAAAGAAUUAUUAGUAUGAUUCUUCAUACUGAUAACUCUUAGCAUUUUGCAGAUCUUGCAAAACUCAAAGGAAGACUCACUUCAUAAGAUUUUGAUCCAAAAGAUAAAGAUAAAGAUAUUUGUAUGAUGUCACUUUUGCAUUCAGCAGAUGUUUCAAACCCAUAUAAACCUUGGGAAAUAUGUAGAUAAUGGACAUUUAAGGUUUUAGAUGAGUUCUGGAAUUAGGGUGAUUUAGAAAGACAAAGUGGAUUACCUAUAACUUACUUAUGUGACAGAUUCACAACAAAUACAAGUAAAAGCCAAGCUGGAUUUAUAGAUUUUAUCGUAAAACCUCUCUAUGAAUCUGUACAAAAAUUUUUACCUCUCUUAGAUUUAUCUCCAUUUGAAGUCAACAAAGCUAAAUGGGCUGAACUUGUUGAUUUCUAUGAAUAAGAAUUACAAAAAAUCAAGAGAGAAAGUGAAAUCCUUGAAUUAGAAAAGGUUUGA